UAAUUUCCUUCAUUUUUUUCCCAUGAAAGAAAAGCUAAUUGGGCUAUAGUUACUAGAAUGUGAAACACUUGAUGUGAACUCAGUUAUACCAAAAAAGGAACAAAAUCUAUGAAAAGCAAAGUUAUUAGGAGUUAUUAUUUACGCCAAAAUGUAAUGAUGAAUGCUAAAUGUCUCGUGUCCAAGAUUUAAGAGUUAUUAAUGACCUAAUACAUGUUGAAUUGUCAAUGUUAUUGCGGUGUCAGAAGUGAUGAUAUCAUUGAUUAUUUAUUGCAGAACUCCAGGGCUAAAGGUUGUAGGAGUACCUUCCGCUCCUGCUCUUCAUCUGCAGUUGGAGAACAGCACAGGAUCCAGAGAAAACGACCUGAAGCUGCUUCGUACGAUUGUUGAAUACUGUUUGGACAGACAGAUUGCUCUCACUUUGGCACGAUACCUGGACAAAGAAGAGCGCUUUCUUCCACCACCAAGAGCCAGAUCCAUCUCCGUACCUGCUUGGUGUCGGUCUCCAGUGCUACGUGUCUCUGAGUGAUGACAACUAAAUGCAGCCGGUGCCAGCCAGACAUCACUUCAUUUUAUUACGAUGGACUUCAGAGGAUGAACUGAUGCCAACUCCAACCAUAAGACAUGGGAUACUUCAUAUGCCACUGCCUGAACCUUGGACUUAGGAUAGACCUCAUGAAAUGACCUGCCGGUUGAACUGCAAUGCACAUCACUGAUCUCUGCCUGUAUCACAUUGGCCUAAUGAUGGACUGCACUCUUCAAAUUGAAUACAUGACUAUCAAUUAAUUGCCAACAGAUGCCUUCAUCAGCCAACCAACAAAGGACAAUGCAUCUAUGCGAACUUCUGCAGUUAAUCCAGGAUGAACUUCAAAGUCAUUAGACAUUAAUCUUACAGUUCAUAAAAACAUAUUUGUGUAAACAAUGGCCAUUAAAAUGUACUUAGUUUACUAAUUUUAAACCAUGACUUGCACUGCACAUAAAUAACUAAUAUUGACAUUAUAUUCAUGAUGUUAGCCAGAGGGGAACUGGCCCCCACAGUGAGCCUGGUUUCUCUCAAGGUUAUUUUUCUCCAUUACCCAACAUCUUAUGGAGUUUUGUGUUCCUUGCCACAGUCGCCCUCAGCUUGCUCACUGGUGUUCUAAAUAAAUGUUUUAUUUAAUUAUUUAUUUUUAUACACAGUUUAUCAUAUUUAAUCAAACUACACAAUGAUGACUCUAAGACUUUAUCGAUAUUACAGUUUCAUUUUCUGUUAAUGCA